UGAUAUUCAUCUUCUACUACAUUACGAGAAAAAAACUGUAUUUGCAACUACAAGGUGAAAUGGAAACUGGAGAGUACAGUGAGACGGUGAAGCGCAUGAAACCUUCAAUGGAUAGCGUGGCUGCGGAUGAUAGUAAUGCAAUUGUGAGGGCUUCAGGGGAAGACACUGAGGGUGAGGGCAACACCAUUGUUGGCUCUGAGCAAAUGCUGGUGGAGAAUGCUCACAUUCAUGAGAAGAUUAAUCGCUUUACUCAGCUGGUGUCUGAGCUGCUGGAAUCAGGGAAGUCAAUGCUGGAGGAUCUUAGUAAAGAAUUUGAAGAAAGAUUAUUUCAAAUCCACAAGGAACAGAUGGCUAAGUGGGAGGAGGAGAUUCAGGAACUACAGUUGCUUGAUGCCUCAAAUGAGGAGACUAAUGCUGUUUUGCACAAUGCUAGGUGUCUACUUCAGAAUGUUCCCGGUCAAUCUUAAAGGUAAAUUCUGGCGUCAUUUUAUCCACAGAUAGGAACACAUUAAUUGGAUUAAAUUAAUAGCUUGUUGCUAACAUUAGCAUCUUUUGAGCUGCAAAAUUACAAUUAAGAACUUAAAACUGUUUGAGGUCUUUGGCUGCAACAUAAUAGUUUUGGUAUCAACAUACAGAAGAAUGUUAAUUUGGGACUGUUUCUUCUUGUCAUUUUCCUCUUUCUACCAGGUGCAGUUAGUAUCAAAAUUGAAUGGCGUAUUCUGACUUGUGGAACUGAUGAAUCUACAGAGAAUGAAAGUUCUGCAAAUUUGUUUUGUUGUUUUCUGAUACUUGUGAAUAACUCUUAUCUUCUGUUUUGGGGUUUUAAUCUAGAAGCGAAGAAUGUUUCAAAUAGGUUUUUAGACAGCAGAAUCUAGAUACAUCAUGAGGCUUGGUGUUUGAUUUUAUUAAUGCACGUGGUGACACUGAUCAUGUCCCACUUUUGCUUCAGUCAUUUUCUAAGGCACAUUAAACAUCUACUCUGAAGUUCUAAAAUUUUUUCACGUGCCAAUUCAGAACAUUUGAACUUGAUGCUUCUUGUCACUGAAAAGAUACAGUGCUUUUGAGGUUAAAUUUAGUUAUUGAACAUUUACUUCUGCACAUGAGUUCAUUUUUUGCGUAUCUUUUAGCUGGAAAGUGACGAAAGUUCAACCCGUAUGCUGCAGCUAGGUGGCAUAAACAGGUACCCUUAGUAUCAGUUUCAUUUCAUUUUUGAUCAUUAGGAUGCUGGUCUCAUCAUUCUAUGCCAGGUUGUCUGGGGACAUUGGAUCUACAUUUCCAGGGUUUGGCUAUAGAGACAUGAGGAUCUGCGUACUGAUAGUGUCGAACUUUGAAUGGGUUACCAAGGAAAAAAGCAAUAAACCAGUGUAAAUGCAGAUAGAAGUACUUUUAGGCAGUACUAGCAUACGCAUCAAGUUAGAAAGACAUAACCAUUGAGAACAUCUUUUGGUCGGCCUUGGCACCGUUGAAAUCAAGUUGAUAGAGUUGACAGCUUGCUGCCUUUCCUCCAGUUUCACUUUUUACUCUGAAUUCCAGUAAAUAAAGAUCAUGAAUUUUGUAUCUAAUAGGUCCAAUAGGUUAGUCGCAUUCUUCACUUCUGGUGUUUUGGUCGCUUGCAAUUACUGAUCAAGCGCUCCAGAUAAUGGUA